AUGACAUUUAUAAUAUAUUUUGAACCUCUACUGAGGUCAGACGAGCCCGCAACGCGCACUCAUCAUGGACGGUAAUAGCCGUGUAGCAUCAGUUAAAACCUCAAUAGCCAUUGAAACGACAGGGACCCCUCCACGUUAGGGUUUCUCUUUCGUUCUCUGGCUCUUCUCCAUCUUUCGUCUGUUGCAUAUCUAGACUUCUAUCUUCUGCUCCGAGCAGCUUCAGCAAUGACGACCAUUGUUCCAACCUCUGAGGAUGAUCCCGCGCUCUCAGUCGUACGAUUCACUUCCGAGCUUGCCUGGGCCGAUGCUGGUCCUGAGGUUGCGGAGCCUCAAGUAGCUAGAUUAUGCGUGGAAGCACAAGAAUGCAUGGUAAUUGGGAGAUGGUUGGAUCUAGCCUCACUAAUGCUUACAUCUGCAGACUUGAUAUUUUCUAAAGUUUCUGAGAAAGAUCUUGAGUGCAUCUUUACUGUCAUUUGCAACCUUGUUACCAAGUGUGAAAGCCUGGAUGAAGCGCUAGAGAUGGCAAAACUUAUAUCUGCGAAAGUCACUCAACAGCCAAGUGAUAAGCCUGCAUUGCGCUUGAAAAUCAUGUUUAAUCUGUACAACCUGCUGGAGAACCCAUACAGCCGGCACUAUGUUUACAUGAAGGCUCUAAGUUUGGCCAUCAAUGGAAAAGUCACUGAUCACAUUGUACCUUCUUUUAAAAAGAUUGAUAACUUCUUAAAGGAGUGGAAUAUUGAUAUAUCUGAUCAGAGAGAACUCUAUCUCACCAUCUCUAAUAUUCUGAAAGAAAACAAAAGUAAUUCCAGCUCAGCUAAGGAUUCCUUCAAAUUCCUGACCAAGUACUUGGCAACUUUUUCUGGUGAAGAUGCAUAUACCAUGAAUGAAUCGAAGGAGGAAGCUGUGCGAGCAAUUGUGGAAUUUGUGAAGGCAUCUGACAUGUUUCAGUGUGAUUUGCUGGAUAUGCCUGCUGUUGCGCAAUUGGAGAAAGAUCCUAAAUAUGCAUUGGUAUAUAGGCUUCUGAAGAUAUUUUUAACUCAGAGGCUGGAUGCCUACCUGGAUUUUCAAGCUGCGAAUUCUACUUUACUGAAGAGCUAUGGUCUUGUCCAUGAAGACUGUAUAACAAAGAUGAGAUUGAUGUCAUUGGUGGAUCUUGGCUCUGAUGAGUCUGGUCAAAUUCCAUAUUGUCUUCUUAAGGACACACUUCGGAUCAACAAUGACGAGGUGGAAUUGUGGGUGGUUAAGGCAAUAACUGCUAAGUUAAUAGACUGUAAGAUGGACCAGAUGAAUGAGGUUGUGAUUGUAAGCCGCUGUACUGAGCGCGUGUUUGGGCAGCAUCAAUGGCAAGAUCUUAAAGCAAAGCUGACAACAUGGAGGGUUAGUAUUGCAAAUGUCAUCAGCACCAUCCAAGCUAACAAGAUCACUGAAGAUGGAUCACAGGCAGUGCAAGGCUUGAUGAUUCGUUAGCUCUCCUGUCAUUUAAUCUGAGAGCCAUUUCCUAGGUUAGAAUGUGAGUUGGGGAUUGAGCUAUUGUAGUUGGAUUUCAUAAUUAUUUUGUUAGGAUUUAUCCCAAGGCUUGGAAAUUUUGACAACACUUAAUUGUUUUCUCCCAUUCUACCAACAAAUUGAAUGAUAUGUGCAUGGAAUGUGUCAUUUACAUAUCCUUAUAUUGCAUUUAUAAAUUUAUUUGACCA